AUGCCAACUGACACCGAUCAGCUUUCGACUAAAACGAUUGAAAUGAUUACUAAUCCUCCAUAUAGCAAAAUUCCAAAAGAUCUGCCAAUCUCUGUCACACAGCCGUUUCCUAUCUCUGGGAAAACAAAUGAAGAGCUUUAUCACAUUAGUUGUCCCAAGCAGAAGUUUUUAACUGUUAGAAGAAAUGAUUACCUUGGAUGCUCUGAUGAUGGUAAAGUAAGAUUUGAUUUGUAUGGGGCUACUGUACAAGAGGUAACUUUUGCUGUACCCCAUCCCUCCAUACCAAAGUACAGACGAAAAAGGUCCUCUGGAAGUAAGGUUUUGUGGGAGGACGGGUAUCCGAGAGAAAAUUGCACUGGUGAUGGUGUACAAGAUGAUUUGAGGGAUGAUGGUAUUUCACAACCUGCAGCUGGGGGAUCGUUGCCAGUUACCAUUUAUCCUAAGAGAAUGCCAUACUUAAAUCUUGCCUUUAAAAUGUCAUCAGAAGGGUUGAACGUAAAUAAGAAUCUUCAACCUGUAUUUACCAUCGGGGCUUGCUGUAACAAUCCUUCAAAUAUAUCAAUGACUGCAAUAAAUUCCGAUAGCAACACUGCAAUUCAUCUUGGUGAACAAGAAUUCCAACCAUCAGAUACAACUAAAUUCUGGGUAUUUCCUGUUAUAUCAAGCUGGGAUGAUCAUGAUAUUGAAAUUCAUGUUGAUUUUUCUCGUCUUCAACAACCAAUUCUACUGAAUUAUAUGAAGUUCGAGAUACGUGAACUCAAUAUCAACGAAUACGAUUCGCCAAACUCACCUGAAAAGACAUUGCUUUGUGAAACAGAAGAAGUGAAAGUCGAAGGAAUGAAGCAAAGUGACGAGAGUGCACCGACAAUGAAAUUCCGAUUGAAUGGUUCAACAACAACAACUGACGUAUCAAGAAUGAUGUUUUCACCAUUCGCUUCCGGCAGUACUGAUGGAACACGAGGACCAUCAUUAGUUCUUGAUUCUUCUGGGUCGUGUACAUUCAAUCCAUCAUCGACAGUCGACGUAUCAGAAUCAACUGCAUUCAUCUUAGGAUCGACAAAUCCAACUCAAGAACCAAAAAUAGCAAUAGAAGAGGUGGAGCUUGAACCAGACGUGACAUCAGAUAAUACUUCAGUCAUAUUACAUCUUCUGGGCGCCUCUUUUGGACAGUCAACAAUCCGUUUGAAGGUCACUCCAACAGAAACAAGAUUAACAUUACUUCAGGUUGUACCAAUCGGUAAGCCGUUAUCAUCAUUCUUCAUACCAUGUGAUGGUAAAGACACAACAUUCUCUACAGAUGGUGCUGAUUCAAUAUCUAUAAAUGAGCCAUGGAAAGGAAUAUCUGGUGAGAAGAUAACGAUAAGAAGAUAA